AUGUUCAAGAAGUUCCUCCCAUCCCAUAGGGGAAGCGCCAUCAAGGCCGUGGACAUGGCGCAAACGGGCGAUGCGUCCGUCAGCAUCCUACAGUCGGCCACACCUCAAGGGGAGCCGCCUUCGUGGAUCGGCAACCUCGAAUCGGCACCAGAGUCGGUCGGCUGCUCGUCCCGGAGCGACAACGAUGGCAGCUGGAUCGACCAACGCGAGGCCUACGAAAUCAUGACUGCACACCUGUACAAGGUCGCAAAGAGCAAGAACUGGUUCAGCGAGAACCCGGCCGUCGCGAGCGGAGUGGCGCUGCGCCUGGCAAAGGGCCAGUACACACUAUGCCCGGCGGCCGAUGCGCGGCUCGAGGCCUUCUACCGCUCCGUCGCAAUCCUCAACGUUGAGGUGGCCAUCAAGCUCACCUCUCCGGUCGUCUCGGCGAUCACCAGCCGCCUCGUACCGGGGACGUACCAGGUGCCGUUGACGUCGUCGCAGCACGUCCAGGUGGUCGAGACCAUGGCCGACCUCGCGGGCGCGCGAAAAGCGCAGAACGCGUGUUUCAUCCGCACCGACAACUCGCUGGUGGCCUGGUGCGACCACAUCGACCAGCUCGAGUCGAGCGCCCAGCGCCUCGAGGACAAGAUGAUCGCCUUUGUGUGGUCGAGCGCCACCUCGGGACGCCCUCAGGGAGGCAAGCCGCGCGACUCGUCGUUCCUCGAGUGGAGCAUGCAGCAGCGGGGCCAGAGCAUGAGCCAGCUCAACCACGCCUCGGGCACGUCGACACCCAUCCGAGCCGCCUCGGUCACGCACAGCUCACCGUUCUCGGACACCAACGCCGUCCGCCCUGCGGGCGACGCGACGCCAGGUGCCGCUUCCGUGGCCACCACGGCCACCACCGGCGUCGCCGACCCGGAAAAGGGGCAGGCGGUCUCUUACCAGGAGCGCAGCACCAACCUCCAGGCGCCGCUCCAGCACGGCCUGUCGGUGGCCCUCGACAUUGCGCUCUGCUUCCUGCUCCUCCGCCAGCUCUUCCAAGAGUCGCUCCUCGACGGCAACUGGAUGCGUAUGCUGAUCGGCAUCGCGGUCAUCCCGAUGUUUCCGGUCAUCCUCUUCUUCUGCGGCAACAUCUUCACCGUCAUCCUCCAGCUCAUCGGUCCCGUGCGCCAGCUGAGCCAGAAUUCGCGCUACUACUCGGGCGUGGCGCCGGAGCGCAUGACGGGCCGCCUACCGCACAUUACGAUCCAGAUGCCUGUCUACAAGGAGUCGCUCGACGGCGUACUGAUCCCGACGAUCGAAUCGCUCAAGAAGGCCAUCAGCACCUACGAGCUUCAGGGCGGCACGGCGUCCAUCGUCGUCUCCGAGGACGGCAUGCAGCUGAUCAGCAAGGAGGACCAGGAGGUCCGCCGCGAGUACUACGAGAGGCAGAACAUCGGUUGGGUCUCGCGCCCCGGCCACGGCGUCGACGGCUACAUCCGCAAGGGACGCUUCAAGAAGGCGUCGAACCUCAACUUUACCUGCCGGGUCUCGCUCAAGGUCGAGGAGAUGAUGAGGGAGCAGCGUCCCGCCGACCUGUCGCAGUGGACCGAGGCCGAUGAGGAGCACCUCUACCAGACCUGCCUGCCGCUCGCCGCUACCGAGAUCCACCCGCUGGCCCAGGCCGAGGGCAACGUGCGCAUCGGCGACCUCAUCCUCAUGAUCGACUCGGACACGCGCGUGCCCGAGGACUGCUUCCUCGACGCCGCCUCGGAAAUGUCCCAGUGCCCGGACGUUGGCGUGCUCCAGCACUGCAGCGGCGUCAUGCUCGUCUCGGACAGCUACUUUGAGCGCGGUAUCGCCUUCUUCACCCGCCUCGUCAACUUUUCCAUCACCUACGUCGUGGCCAGCGGCGACGUGGCGCCGUUCAUGGGCCACAACGCCUUCCUGCGCUGGUCAGCGGUGCAGGAGGCGAGUUUCGUCGACGCCGAGGACGGCAUCCGCAAGGUCUGGUCCGAAUCGCACGUCUCCGAAGACUUUGACAUGGCGCUCCGGCUGCUUAUGAAGGGCUACAUCACCCGCUGGGCCACGUACAGCAACAACAAGUUUGAGGAGGGUGUCUCGCUCACAUGCGACGACGAACUCAACCGGUGGCAGAAGUACGCCUUCGGCUGUUCGGAGCUCGUCUUCAACCGGCUCUGGGAGUGGCCCUACAAGUCGCCCUUCACGCCCCUCUUCCGCAACUUCCUCUGGGUCAAGGGUAUCCCCAUCCACUACAAGUUUGCCGCCUGCAGCUACAUCUUCUCCUACUACGCCAUCGCCGCCGCGCUGCCGCUCACGGCGAUCCUCUACCUGGUCGAAGGCUGGUUCUACCCGGUGCUGGACCCCGUCUUCCUGACGCCGUUCCGCAUCUGGCUGGCCGUCGUCUUCGUCUUCGUCAUUGGCGGCAACGUGUCGCAGGCGCUCUGCCGAUACCGGUCCAAGCAGGGUGGGCUGCUGGCCCUGGCCAAGGAGCAUAUCAUCUGGAUCCCGUUCAUGAUGACCUUCUUCGGCGGCAUGUCGUACCACGUCCUGACGGCGCUGCUCUCGCACCCGUUCGGCAUCAACAUGACCUGGGGCGCAACGGUCAAGGACCUCGAGGACAGCAACUUUUUCAUCGAGGUGCCCGCCAUCUUCCGGCGCUUCUGGAAGACGCUGCUGCUCUGCACCAUCUUACUCGCCGGCAUCGUCGUCCUCAGCCUCGACAACGUCGUCCCGCUCGAGUGGCAGAUCCCGUCGUUCUUCACCAUCUGGCCGCUCAUCCUCGCCUCGUCGCUCCACAUCCUCUACCCCAUCGUCCUCAACCCCGCCCUGCUGCGCUUCUCAUUCUAA